AUGGGACUGAGCCUAGACUUUCCUUGUGUGAGCAACCUUCUAGACACCGCCAUCAACUCCCCUCACUCGCUCGCACCUCUGCUUCCGUCCACUCUUCCCUGCCUCCACUCCACAUGUCCCUGCUCCCCCUCCUCCUCCCCCUCCCCUAGGUGCGCAACCACCUGGCAGUGCUCUUCCGCUUGCUGGGGGUGCUGUGAGGCGAAUCAAUCGCCCUCAACCGCCUUCAACCGCUCUCACUCACUCCUGGUUCCCCCCUCCUCUCCCCCUCCCCCCCAGGUGCGCAACCACCUGGCAGUGCUCUUCCUCUCGCUGGGCGUGCCGGUGCUGACAGCUGGCGACGAGUACGGCCACUCCAAGGACGCACAGCUGGGAGCAGAUUACUCGUCAGUGCUCCCCUCCUCUCCCUCCUCCCUGUCACAUCUGUCCUCGCCACUCCCUCUUCGUGUCGCCCUGCGCACGGACCUGGGAGUGCAGCUCACUCGCUUCAUCGCCUCUCUUGCCAACUUCCGCCGCCGCCGCACGCUGCUGCUGCAGCGCAAGGACUUCUAUUUCGGGGAGGACAUUGUGUGGCACGGCGCCUUUCCCAACCAGCCGGAAUGGGACAACCCCAACUGCUGCUUCCUGGCCUGCACCGUUCACAGUGCCGGCAUCGAGUCCUCAGCCAAGGAGGCGGCAGAGGAGGCAGGAGUGCCGAUUACCACUGCGGCUCCGGCUGUAGCACCCAGCAUGCCGGUCGGCGAUCUCUAUUUCGCCUUCAACGCCCAUGCAAACGAGAUGAUUGUGGAGCUGCCUGCCCCGCCUGUUGGCAUGAUGUGGCACCUUGUGCUGGACACGGCUAAGGACUAUCCGGCUGACGCCACAGAGCUGCCGGCCCAAGGCAUGCCUCCAUCCAUCGCUGGAAGAGUGUCUUCCCCAUACUACAUGGAGGCAUUUUCUGUGAUCGCGUUGGAAGCUCGUGGUCCGCCUUCCCUCGCCCCUCGCAUUUAA